UUUUUGCUUUAAGCACCUCCGCCCACAUAAGGAAGUGGCUGCAUUACUCAAAGAGGAAAAGAGAAGUUUUAUGAAACUCUAACAGACUUUAUACUUUGAGCUGCAUCAAAAUCUACAGUCAACAGACGGCACAAGAGUUGUAGGAAUGGCAUUUCACAGCUUCCUCUUGGAACCAAUAAGCUGCCAUGCUUGGAAUAAAGAUAGAACUCAAAUUGCGUUUUGUCCGAACAGUCAUGAUGUUCACAUUUACAAAAAGGAUGGCGAUAAAUGGACCAAAAUUCAAGAGCUGAAAGAACACAAUGGGCAAGUGACAGGCAUUGAUUGGGCUCCAGAGAGUAAUCGGAUUGUGACUUGUGGCACCGAUAGAAAUGCCUAUGUGUGGACUAUGCGGAACAACACAUGGAAACCAACACUUGUCAUCCUCAGGAUAAACCGGGCUGCUCGAUGCGUGAAGUGGUCCCCAAAGGAGAACAAGUUUGCAGUGGGCAGUGGUUCAAGGCUCAUCUCAAUCUGUUAUUUUGAGCAAGAAAAUGAUUGGUGGGUCUGCAAACAUAUCAAGAAGCCAAUCCGCUCUACAGUCCUAAGCUUGGACUGGCAUCCGAACAAUGUCCUUCUGGCUGCAGGCUCCAGCGAUUUUAAGAGCAGGAUUUUUUCAUCAUACAUUAAAGAGGUAGAGGAGCGUCCAGCUCCUACCCCAUGGGGUUCUAAGAUGCCUUUUGGUGAACUGAUGUUUGAGUCCAGUAGCAGCUGUGGUUGGGUGCACAGUGUGUGCUUUUCUCACAGUGGGGACCGUAUGGCCUGGGUGAGCCAUGACAGCACCAUUUGUAUUGUCGAUGCUACAAAGAAGAUGAGGGUCACUACUCUGAUAACAGAUACUCUACCUCUGCUGUGUGUAACAUUUAUCACUGAAAAUAGCUUAGUAGCAGCUGGCCAUGACUGCUAUCCUAUCUUGUACACAUAUAAUGAAGCCCAGGGGACCCUGAGCUUUGGAGGAAAACUGGAUAUUCCUAAGCAAAGUUCACAAAGAGGGAUGACUGCAAGAGAAAGAUUUCAAAAUCUGGACAAGAAGGCCAGCUCUGAUACCAACAGCUGUGCCCUCGAGUCCUUGCACAAGAACAGCAUUAGUCAACUCUCUGUGCUGACUGGAGGAAAGGCAAAAUGUACAAAGUUCUGCACCACUGGGAUGGAUGGCGGCAUGUGCAUUUGGGACAUCAAGAGCCUGGAGUCUGCAAUGAAAGAUUUGAAGAUCAUUUAGGCACUAAAUGCAGAAUAUGAGCCACCAGCUUUUUACAUCAUCUAACUUCUAUAUGCAGCGCUUCAGUUGUAACUUGAGAAUUCGAUCAAAUCAGAUUAAAAUGCUUUGUUUUUUACUUAAGGGUUGUAUGCCGACCAAUGGGAAGUCAGCUUCUAAUAGUUUAGUGUGGGGCAUUUCAAUGCAUCCUCAAGGACUUCUUGAGGCAAAAACCCACAAUAAAACCGCCUGGAAAUGCAGCAGCCAAACAACUGGAAAUGUAUUUUCACCAUACUACCUUGAAUGCUUCCUGUUCAUUUUCUUUCUUUGCUAAUCCUCAAUUGACAGAUGUUUACGAGCAUUGCUACAAAACUAUAAAAUGUGCCAGUUAGAAAUAAAAAGGCUGAUGAAAAAACAAA